GAUGUGGGACUGAGAAAUGCUCUGCAAACGCCCAGCGAGAACAGAGAACACGAAUAAAGACAAAGACGACGACGACGACGACAACCCUUCUCUCUCUCUCUCUCUUUCUAGCCUUCUUUCUUUCGAGACCCAUAACCUCAGAUUCUCCGAGCCGUCCAAGAUAUUCCAUAUGGGCAUCUCUGAAACCCCCUGAAAGUCCGUCAAGAUGGAGAUGGUGAAGUAGCUCUGCUUCAUUCCGUAUUCAAGACUGGGCAUAUGUUGGUUGCUUCUUGCCUCCAAGAAUGGCGAUCAGAGUUGGUCCCUCCUCCGUUUCCUGUGUUGCUUCACCUGUUUCUUCUCCCUUCAAGCCCAGGAACUUGCAGGUAAUACUCUUUGAUGUUCUUCUGUGAGGUUUAUUGGCGAAGCGCAUUGGCUGGCUGCUUCACUAGGGAUGCUCUUGGAGUGAGCUCGUCAGCAAUUUUCAGAAAUAGAGCAUGAGAAAGCUGAGGUUAUUGAGGAUACCAUAUGGAAGCCGGCCAUAUGAUGCCCACUGGGUUAGUGAUGUCAAAGUCAAAUCUUACCACUUCCUGCCUGCAGUUCGGAAAUUGAAGAGAAUAUUCCCAAUAGUUAGGAGUACCAUCUCUGCAGUUCCAGGAGAAGAGCCACAAUCUGAUGAGCUUGAAUCAGAUGCGGCAGAGCAGGAAAGUUUCCAACCGGAUUCUGAUGAUUCCCUUCCUUCAAGCAGUUCAUAUGUCCAGUUCGAGGGAUCUGAUGGAAGGCCGGGCUUUGUAUCAUUCUAUAAUCGGCCAUAUGGGAGAGACAAAGAAGCUCUCACAUUUUAUCCAGAGAAGGAUCAGAACAACUGGCAAUGGUUCCUUGGCCCAACUGUACUUGUGACCUCCUUCAUUCUGCCUUCACUCUAUCUCCGCAGGAUACUCUCUACCAUAUUCGAAGACUCCCUGCUGACAGAUUUCCUGAUAUUGUUCUUCACAGAAGCUUUAUUCUACUGUGGGGUGGCAAUCUUUCUUCUGAUUAUAGACCGCGUGAGGAGGUCUAUAGCAUUUGAUUCGGCCGAUGCUCACCAACGUACUUCUCUUCAGUUUGGGCAGCGAAUUUCUUCUGUUGCUACUCUUGUACUUAGCCUCAUAAUCCCUAUGGUGACCAUGGGCUUUGUGUGGCCAUGGACCGGCCCUGCAGCUUCUGCUGCUCUUGCUCCGUAUCUAGUAGGAAUUGUUGUCCAGUUUGCAUUUGAACAGUGUGCUCGGUACAAGAAAUCACCUUCAUUGGCUGUGAUUCCAAUCGUAUUUCAGGUUUAUCGAUUGCACCAACUAAAUCGAGCGGCCCAGCUGGUGACUGCUCUAUCCUUUACCAUCAGAGGAGCAGAGAUGACUUCACACAACUUGGCAAUAAACAGCUCUUUGGGAACUCUCCUGAACGUCCUUCAGUUUCUCGGGUUAAUAUGCAUUUGGUCACUCUCGAGCUUCCUCAUGAGAUUCUUCCCUUCCACCACGGACUAAACAGGAGCACAACCGAAGCAGCAGUAAAUUCUCUGUUCUUUAUGGUUUUUUCCCUCUCUUGAAUAUCUAGAAAAUAGUUCGACUUCACAAUUGGACAUGGUGGAAAGUAAUGUUGUUGAGCAAUUCUUGGUGCAUCUUUCAUACGGCCUUUUAAUGGAAAUUCUUUCCCUUGAUUUCGA